AUGGACAUCCUGGGCCCAUGGACCCUCCUGUUGGCCUCCUUCCUCUUCUGCUUGCUGUUCCUCUCGGCAUGGAAGAAGAAAGAGAAGCUGCCACCUGGACCGACUCCGCUGCCCUUCAUUGGGAACCUGCUGCAAGUCAACACAAAGGAUAUGUAUCAGUCACUGAUGAAGGUAACUCUUUGGACGCCUGUCCGUUCAUCCAGCCGCCUUCCCUCUCACCUCCUGGCCAAGCGCCAAGCCCCCUCAAUCAUUUUGCAAGCCACUUGGGGACUUGGAAGCCUAGAAGUGUGGAAGGAGGGGACCCCAAAGGUCAUGUACCCCAACCCCUGCAGUGCAGGAACGCUCCAAGUGCACAUUCCUCAACCAGACAUUAGAAGGUUCGCUUCUUGUGUCUCAAGCGGCUCAUCAAGCAUAGAUUGUUGUUGUUUAGUCGUUUAGUUAUGUCCGACUCUUCGUGACCCCCUGGACCAGAGCACGCCAGGCACUCCUGUCUUCCACUGCCUCCUGCAGUUUGGUCAAACUCAUGCUGGUAGCUUCGAGAACACUGUCCCACCAUCUCGUCCUCUGUCGUCCCCUUCUUUUUGUGCCCUCCAUCUUUCCCAACAUCAGGGUCUUUUCCAGGGAGUCUUCUCUUCUCCUGAGGUGGCCAAAGUCUUGGAGCCUCAGCUUCACGAUCUGUCCUUCCAGUGAGCACUCAGGGCUGAUUUCCUUCAGACUGGAGAGGUUUGAUCUUCUUGCAGUCCAUGGGACUCUCAAGAGUCUCCUCCAGCACCAGAAUUCAAAAACACUGGCUAUCAUGUGUUGGUGAAAGACAGGGGCAAGACAUGUCAGGAAGGCAGGAAAGGCUGAGCAGACAGAGCUCCCUGGAUCAAGGUGCCUCAAGGAAAGGGAACAAUGAGCCAGUAAGUGGACUUCUGUCUAAGGGAAGAUACAUUCGCAGAGUAAGAUUGCCUCAUUUCAAAAGACUGGCCAGGAUAAUGCAAUCAGCAAGCACUAAACAACAACAAGCUUCCUUGUCUUCCUAAAAACUAGUCUAUGUAUUUGCUCCAUCUCUCCAUCUGUUCCAUGACCUCACACAAUGCCCUCCCCCUCUUUUCACAGAUCCGUGAGAAAUAUGGUCCUGUCUACACCAUCCACUUAGGGCCCCGCCGUGUUGUGGUCUUAUGUGGAUACAAUGCCGUGAAGGAGGCUCUGGUGAACCAGUCCGAAGAGUUUGGUGGCCGUGGAGAGCAAGCCACGUUUGACUGGCUUUUCCGGGGUUACGGUCAGUCUCUUCUUGGGCAACCCUUGGCCAGAACACAUCAUUGUUGGACUCUAUAGGGCACUUCUAGUGAACGUAGCAAUGGUCAGGGCUUGCCCCCCCAUUAGAUGGGAGCCAUUGCCAUUCAAAGAAAAUGAGAGAGGUGUUCAUGCCAAGUUCUGGCACCUCUUUUUCUAGUGAUCCAUGUGACAGUCACCUCCAGGCUUGACUACUGUAAUUCGCUCUACGCGGGGCUGCCCUUGAAGCUGUCCCAGAAACUCCAGCAAGUCUCCUCACGGGGUUUCUGCCAUGGAAGCAUAUUCACCCAGUGCUUUUCCAGCUGCACUGGCUCCCGGUGGAGUACAGGGUCAGGUUCAAGGUGCUGGUUUUGACCUUUAAAGCCCUUCACGGCCUAGGACCCUCGUACCUACGGGACCGCCUCUCCUGGUAUGCCCCAUGGAGGACCUUAAGGUCCAUAAAUAGCAACACACUAGAGGUCCCGGGCCCUAAGGAAGUCAAAUUAGCCUCAACCAGUGCCAGGGCCUUUUCAGCACUGGCCCCGGCCUGGUGGAACGCUCUGUCUCGUGAGACCAGGGCCCUGCGGGAUCUGAUUUCUUUCCGGAGGGCCUGUAAGACAGAGUUGUUCCGCCUGGCCUCUGGCUUAGAAUCAAUUUGAUUCCCUCCCCCUCUUUCUUUUUUCCUUUCUCCUCCUGUGAAGAGGCUGCAUUUUAAUGUUUUAAUGUAUUUUAAUCUUGUUUUUUAAGUUGUAUUUUAAUCAACUUAUUUUUAUUAUUGGUUGUUAGCCGCCCUGAGCCUGGUCUUGGCUGGGGAGGGCGGGGUAUAAAUAAAUUCAUUAUUAUUAUUAUUAUUAUUAUUAUUAUUAUUAUGUAGCACUGCCAAUGGCCCUUCCCAUGCUCCUAUGAAGUAGAUUUUUUAUACCCAUUUUAUUGAGGUAUGUCUCAAGACUAUUGAGCCUCACCUCCUCAUCUGUUCUUAAAUACCACAACCAUCUUAACACAAAUCAACAGGCACACACACACACCCUAUGAGAGGGAACCCGGGCACUUACAAUUGUUGAAUGGUCACUGUAAAAUGUGAAGGUUCAUUAUUGUUUCACAAGUUGUGUAUGUCUUUAUUUUUUUUUUAAAUGAUAUUUAUUAAAGUUUCAGAUAAAAAGAGACACAUCAAUAAAAAAGAAUUUAAAAGUAAAAAGAAAAAUACACAAUACAAAAUACAAAAAGAAAAAAAGAAAAAACAGUUAAAAACAAAUCCAUCUUUUCAUCACUACUUUUGAAUUUACCUAUUUUCUGGACCUCCUCAUACCUCCCUCUUUUGUAUUCCAAUUCAGUUUGUUUGUCCAGCAAUUCCUUUCCCUCUUUUUUAAUCCCAAUCCUUAAUCUUAAUAUAAUAUAACAUUAAAUUUUUAUCUAUUAAUAGCCAAUUUUCCAUUCUUUUAACCUUUUUAUUCCUAAUCCUUAAUCUUAGUCUGUAUAUAACUUUAAAGCCUGUGCAGCUAGAAACCACUUAAUUUUAAUCCAUCAUCACUCUAACAUUCUUUAAUUUUGCAAUGUUUCUGCAAGUAAUCUUUGAAUUUCUUCCAAUCUUCCUCCACUGACUCUUCUCCCUGGUCACGGAUUCUACCAGUCAUUUCUGCCAGUUCCAUAUAGUCCAUCAGUUUCAUCUGCCAUUCCUCCAGUGUGGGAAGCUCUUGUGUCUUCCAAUACUCUGCGAUGAGUAUUCUUGCUGCUGUUGUUGCAUACAUAAAGAAAGUUCUAUCCUUUUUUAACACCGUUUGGCCGACUAUGCCCAGGAGAAAGGCCUCUGGUUUCUUCAAGAAGGUAUAUUUAAAUACCCUUUUUAAUUCAUUAUAUAUCAUUUCCCAGAAAGCCUUAAUCUUUGGGCACGUUCACCAAAGGUGAAAAAAUGUACCUUCAGUUUCUUUACAUUUCCAACAUUUAUUAUCGGUUUAUUAUAAGUUGUGUAUGUCUUUAAGGGCCAGGGCAAAUAACGAGACCCAGUCUUACACUGUGAAACAUAGCGGGUGCUGCUAGGUUGUGUUAAUUAAGCUGUGUCAGCAUUUGGGGAUAGUGUAUAAGGAGCAGCACCUAGCUCUCUCACUACACUGGGGGGUGGGUUGGUGGUUGGGUCAUGUUUGAUGUUAUCUUUAGUGUAAAAGGAGUUUUUGUUUUGUUAUUAAAACCUUGCUAAAGUUAUUUUUGAGUUCCUUGUCAUGCAUGGUCUCCCCAGCAAGCUCUCUGCAGCGCUACUAAACUGCAAGUAGCCAACAACAAUGUUCUUCCAUCUCCUGCAAUCACAAUUUUAAAAGUCAGGAAAAAAUUAAGAAGGUGAAGGGAUUUUUUGUGGGGCCACUCUUCAUAACUGUGUGGUUCCAUCCACAUUUUCAUUCACUGCAUCCCCUCCAGCUCCUCUUCCUCCUCCUCCUUCCUCCUCCUCUUUUUUUUUAUAAAAUGAUAUUUAUUAAAAUUUCAAAAGAAAAGAAAAAAAAUUACAUUAAUAAGAAAAUUAACAAUAAAAAGGAAAAAUACAAAAUACAAAAAAAGAAAAAACAGUUAAAAACAAUUCCAUCUUUUCAUCACUUCUCUUACAUUUACUUGUUUCCAGGACCUCCUCAUACCACCCUCUUUUGUAUUCCAAUUCAAUUUGUUAGUCCAGCAAUUCCUUUCCCUCCUUUUUAAUCCUGAUCUUUAAUCUUGAUAUAUUAUAACAUUAAAUUUUUACGUAUUAAAAACCAAUUUUUCCAUAUUCUUUUAUACCAUUACAGCUAGAAACCACUUAACUUCAAUCCGACAUCAUUCUAACAUUCAUUAAUUUUACAAUAUUUCUGUAAGUAGUCUUUAAAUUUCUUCCAAUCUUCUUCCACCGACUCUUCUCCCUGGUCUCGGAUUCUGCCAGUCAUUUCCGCCAAUUCCAUGUAGUCCAUCAUUUUCAUCUGCCAUUCCUCCAGUGUGGGUAGAUCUUGUGUCUUCCAAUGCUUUGCAAUAAGUAUUCUUGCUGCUGUUGUAGCAUACAUAAAGAAAGUUCUGUCCUUCUUUAACACCGAUUGGCCGACUAUGCCCAGGAGGAAGGCCUCUGGUUUCUUCAAGAAGGUAUAUUUAAAUACCUUUUUAAUUCAUUAUAAAUCAUCUCCCAGAAAACCUUAAUCCUUGGGCACGUCCACCAAAGGUGAAAGAAUGUACCUUCAGUUUCUUUACAUUUCCAACAUUUGUUAUCGGGCAAAUGGUAGAUUUUUGCAAGCUUGACUGGGGUUAUGUACCACCUGUAUAUCAUUUUCAUAAUAUUCUCUCUUAAGGCAUUACAUGCCGUGAAUUUCAUACCUGUGGUCCACAACUGUUCCCAGUCAGCAAACAUUAUGUCAUGUCCAACAUCUUGUGCCCAUUUAAUCAUAGCAGAUUUCACCGUUUCAUCCUGAGUAUUCCAUUUCAACAGCAAGUUAUACAUCUUUGACAAAAUCUUAGUUUUGGGUUCUAACAAUUCUGUUUCUAAUUUUGAUUUUUCCACCUGGAAGCCGAUUUUCUUGUCCAAAUUGUAUGCCUCCAUUAUCUGAUAAUAAUGAAGCCAGUCUCGCACUUUGUUUUUUAGUUUUUCAAAACUCUGCAGUUUCAAUCUAUCUCCAUCUUGUUCCAAAAUUUCCCAAUAUUUCGGCCAUUUGACCUCCAUAUUGAGCUUUUUCAGAGCUUUCGCUUCCAUCGGUGACAGCCACCUUGGUGUUUUAUUUUCCAAUAAAUCCUUAUAUCUUAUCCAGACAUUAAACAAUGCUUUCCUGACAAUAUGGUUUUUAAAUGCUUUAUGUGCUUUGACCUUAUCAUACCACAGAUAUGCAUGCCAUCCAAAUACAUUGUUAAAGCCUUCUAGAUCCAAAAUGUCAGUGUUUUCAAGAAGCAGCCAUUCUUUCAACCAGCAAAAAGCUGCUGAUUCAUAAUAAAGUUUGAGGUCUGGCAGGGCAAAUCCACCUCUUUCCUUUGCAUCUGUUAAUAUUUUGAAUUUUAUUCUGGGCUUCUUGCCCUGCCAGACAAAUCUAGAAAUAUCUCUCUGCCACCUCUUGAAACAGUCCAUUUUGUCCACAAUUUGCAAUGUUUGAAACAAAAACAACAUUCUAGGCAAUACAUUCAUUUUAACCGCAGCAAUACGGCCCAGCAGUGAAAGCUUCAAAUUUGACCAAAUUUCUAAAUCUUUUUCACUUCAGCCCAACAUUUUUCAUAGUUAUCUUUAAAUAAAUUCCCAUUUUUUGCUGUCAUGUUAAUCCCCAGGUAUUUAACUUUCUUAACCACUGUUAAACCUGUCUCAUUCUGAAACCUCUCUCUCUCCAUUGGUGUUAAAUUUUUCUCUAAAACCUUAGUUUUUAACUUAUUCAAUUUAAACCCUGCAACUUGACCAAAUUCUUGAAUCAGUUCUAAAACCCUUUUGGUACUAGAUUCUGGCUCCUGUAACGUCAGUACUAAGUCAUCUGCAAAUGCUCUCAAUUUGUACUGUUUGGCUCCGACCUGUAUACCUUUAACCAACUGGUCCCUUCUAAUCAUGUUCAGCAAAACCUCCAGGACCGAUAUAAAAAGCAGUGGGGAAAUUGGGCAACCUUGUCGUGUCCCUUUUUCUAUCUUAAAUUCUUCCGUCACCACAUUAUUUACAAUUAGUUUAGCCUUUUGUUCUGAAUAAAUUGCACUUAUACCGUUUUCAAAGCCUUGGCCUACCCCCAUACCCUGUAAGUUCUUCUUCAUAAAACUCCAAGAAAUGUUGUCAAAAGCUUUCUCCGCGUCCACAAAUAUCAAAACUGCUUUAGUAUUUAUGUUCACUUCUAGUUUUUCCAAAAUAUCAAUUAUAUUCCUCAAAUUGUCAGACAAGUGUCUUCCCGGGAGAAAGCCCGCUUGGUCUUUAUGAAUCUCUUCCAUCAACACUUUUCAGUCUCUUAGCCAAAAUGUCUGCAAAAAUUUUGUAAUCCACAUUAAGUAAUGAUAUGGGGCGGUAGUUCUUAAGCUGCGUCUUUUCAGUCUCUGUUUUCGGUACAAGUGUGAUAUAAGCUUCUUUCCACGACUCUGGUGCCCUUUUCCCCUCCAUUAUUUCAUUACAGACCUCUUUCAAAGGUUGUACUAGCCAUUCUUUCAAGGAUCUGUAAUAUCUAGAAGUCAGUCCAUCCGGUCCUGGAGAUUUACCCAAUUGCAUGUUUUGAAUGGCACCUUCUAUCUCCUGUUCAGUUAUUUUAUAGUUCAACAUUAAUUUAUUUUCUUGAGAGAUUGUUUGUAAUCCAUUUGUUUUCAAAAAUCGAUCUACAUCAGUUUCUUUCAGUGGCCCUUGUGUAUAUAGUUGUUUAAAGUACCUCUGGAAACAAUUUCUAAUCUCAGCUGGGUUCUGUAUAUUCCUUCCUUCCACUUGUAAAUUUGUAACUGUAUUUAAUGUUUGUCUUUUUUCAUUUGCCAAGCCAACAAUUUCCCACAUUUAUUAGCCGACUCGAAUGUCUUUUGUCUAAUUUGUUUAAUUUUCCAUUCUAUCUCCUGAUUCAUCAUUUUCAUAUAUUGCACUUGAUAUAACUUUAUUUCUCUCAAAAUCUCUUGAGACUUUGGUUUUGUUCUCAAUCUUUUUUCACUUUCCUUUAUUUUCUCCAAAAUUUUAUCCUUCUUCUCAUUUUGGAUUCUCUUCUUUAAUGCAUUCUGUUGUAUCAAGAACCCUCUCAUAACCGCUUUGCUUGUGUCCCAGAUUACUCUUUUUUCCACAUUGGUGCUCAUAUUUAUCUCAAAAUAGUCUCUCAAGGUUUUUUGGGCCUUCUUAAGCACUUCUUCAUCUCUAAAUAAGGUGUCAUUCAUCCUCCAUCUAAAGGAGCCAGUUGGUGUUAGUUUCAUUUCCAUCUUGACAGCAUUAUGGUCGGAGCAGGUUUUUGGGCAGAUUUCCACUUUUCUCCUUCCUCCUCCUCCUCCGCUUCUCAGGGCUUGGCUUCAGCAAUGGGGAACGGGCCAAACAGCUACGACUAUUUUCGAUCACGACGCUGAGGAAUUUUGGGAUGGGAAAGAGAUCCGUCGAAGAGCGGAUCCUGGAGGAGACCCACUUCCUGCUGGAAUCCCUGAGGGAAACAAAAAGUGAGCUCAGUUUUGACAUCUUCAUGCUUAAUGGGUCAAGAAAUAUUUCUUAAUGGGUUAGAAACCGUUGGAAGUUAACUGGGCAUUUGAAGGCUUUAUACUGAAUGUUCUCACUGCUGUUUUCGAUUUAUUUUGGGUUAUGUGCGAAGAAAACUUUGCCUAAGCUAAACACAUUACCAAUAAGCUUUGUCCUCUAAAAGAGAACUUGCUCUUAUUGGCCCAAAAAUGGAAGCAAGAAGAAUUACUGACGAUUGAAGAAUGGAGGAUGAAGUUAAUGGACUAGAUAAACAACAGGAAGGAUUCGAAACCGGCGGGACCAGAAAUUCACGGAAGACUGGAGUAAAUUUACGGACUAUUUAAAAAGUAUUUGCGAAGCUCAGACGACGUUUGUAGGUUUGCAAGAAGUAUUGCAAAAAUGGAGAAGGGGAAGGAUGAUUUGUUAAGAGAUGUAGGCAAUAUAAAGUUAAGAAAUGCAUAAGAAGUGGUUAAAACGGUGGAUCAUCAGAGGUGCUGAUGGAAGUCUAAAAAGAUUGUAUAAGUUUUGUGGUGCAUUUUAUAAUUUAUAUGUUAAAAUCAAUAAAAAUUAUAUAUAUAUAUAUAUAUAUAUGAGAACUUGGCCAGGAAAUUGUGGCUUAUGAAGAAAAUGGAACAGUGGGUCAAAUGAAUAAUGUGAGGCAAGUCUGGACUGGUUUGCAAACUCUUCUUGACAUGUUCCAGGGUUCAGUGAUUUGGGGGUCUCUCUCUCUAGGUGCACCCUUUGACCCCACCUACACCCUGAGCCGCACGGUGUGCAACAUCAUCAGCUCCAUCGCCUUUGGCGACCGCUUUGAAUACGAAGAUCAGGAGUUCCACUCCUUGCUGAGCAUGAUGCUGGGUAGCUUACAGUUCACUUGCACCUCUUGGGGACAGGUAAAUUGGAGGAGAUGAGAAGGACUUCCUUUGUGAGUGUGUGAAUAAUGUCUUUUCAAUGAAUCUCCUCAAGGCAUGGCAUGCAGGACCAGUCCAGGAGAAAUCGGAGUCAUUAUCUCCACUAAGGAGCCAGAUCAUGUUCAAGGCUGAAUGGAGCUGCCCAAUACAACCUUCCAUAGCACCAGGGCAAGUAGAGCUGGCAUCAACUGCCUUCUCUUGAGCCUGAGGAAGCACAUCCCUUCCACAGUACCUCACCAGUGUGGUGAGAGCCAGUGUGGUGUGGUGGUUAAGAGCGGUAGUCUCAUAAUCUGGUGAACCGGGUUCGCAUCUCCGCUCCUCCACAUGCAGCUGCUGGGUGACCUUGGGCCAGUCACACUUUGAAGUCUCUCAUCCCCACUCACCUCACAGAGUGUUUGUUGUGGGGGAGGAAGGGAAAGGAGAAUGUUAGCUGCUUUGAGACUCCUUCAGGUAGUGAUAAAGCGGGAUAUCAAAUCCAGACUCUUCUUCUUCUUCUUCUUCACCAGUCUAGCAGCACAGGGAGAGCACCAGGGGUGAGGCCCUGGAAAAGAGUGUUAGAGAUUCAUUCCCCGUGUCUGCAGUCAUGGGAUUGUUGUCUAUCACAUGACAGUGUAUGUUUUCAUUCCACAGUGUGGGAAGUGAUGGAUACAGGAUGUUUUGGUAUUAUUGUGUUCCGUGAAGUGGGACUAUUGUCCUUUGUCCUUUCUCUCUUUCCUGUCUGAUGAGAAAGAGGUAGGAGCUAACUCAGAAUGCUCCGAGUGUAUUAUAUGUAAAUAAAUGAGGGUGGCACUGUGGGUUAAACCACAGAGCCUAGGACUUGCUGAUCAGAAGGUCGGCGGUUCGAAUCCCCAUGACUGGGUGAGCUCCCGUUGCUCUGUCCCUGCUCCUGCCAACCUAGCAGUUUGAAAGCACGUCAAAUGCAAGUAGAUAAAUAGGUACUGCUCCGGCGGGAAGGUAAACGGCGUUUCCGUGCGCUGCUCUGGUUCGCCAGAAGUGGCUUAGUCAUGCUGCCCACAUGACCCGGAAGCUGUAUGCCGGCUCCCUCGGCCAAUAAAGCGAGAUGAGCGCCGCAACCCCAGAGUCGGUCACAACUGGACCUAAUGGUCAGGGGUCCAAACGUAGAUUAGCCAAAAUGCUGAGCUACUGAGUUCUGUUAUGCAAACUGCAAAUGCUAAGUUUGAUCCCUAAGUUUGAUCCCAAAGUGUGCUAAUGCCUUUUGGCAUUAGUCACUGUGAUGUUCGGGCUAACAAAAGCUUUUAAAGCUCCCGAACAAUAGACCAGGAGGGAGAGAACAUGCCAGUCGGGCAUGUGUCUCUACCAGGGUCCUACACGAGAGUAGGACGCUCUUUUUAGGGGGGGGGAAGUGAGUCUUAUAGGGCAAAAAAUACGGUAAAUUCUCCCUUCCUGUUCUCCAGAAACACCCCAUUCACAAUCCUGAGUGGCAAAAUUUCACCCAGAGGUAAAAAGAAUUAGAAAUCAGCAUGCUCUGGAUAAAACAUAGUGACUUCCUUCAUCUCAGCUUCACUUUGUGCAAUAUCUGUUUUCUCUCCCCUCUGAAACCAACACAAACAGCUCUAUGACAUGUUCUCGGGCGUCAUGCAGUACCUGCCUGGCCCACAACAUAAAGCCUUCAAGCAGCUCUUAGGGUUGGAGAAGUUCAUCAUGGAGAAGGCAAAAGCCCAAGAGGAGACCCUGGACCCCAACUCCCCUCGGGAUUUCAUUGACUGCUUCCUGGUGAAAAUGCAGCAGGUAUGGCGAUUUUAUUCUAUAAAAUAUGACUAUAUUUUUUUCUGGAAGGAAGCUAGAGUCCCUGGAACGAAGCCACCUCUUCAACACUACUCAACUGUCCCUUCACUCUCAUUGGUUUAAUCAUGACAUCACUGCCGCUCAGCCAAUCAGUAGUAGAGAACAAACUUUGAAGACACCUGAAAACCAGAUUUUAACCUCCUUUACCAUUUUCCUUCUGACUAGGAGAAGGAAAACACAAACACAGAGUUCUUCCUAAAGAAUCUGGUUAUGACGACCCUCACCAUUUUCUUCGCUGGCACAGAAAGUAUCAGCACCACCUUGCGCUAUGGAUUCCUGCUUCUGCUGAAAUACCCGGAGGUUGAAGGUGACUGCGGAAGGGGGAGGAAAAUAGGGUGGAGAGAUGUCUCCAUGCCUUUCUAUGGGAAGCUCCCUCUUUGCUUUCCCAGCUAUGAGCUGGGAUCCUUCUUUAGCUCCCUGGAAGCUGCAAAUAGCACUUUUGGUCUCAUCCUGCUGAUUUCUCAACAGAGAAAGUCCACGAAGAGAUUGAACGGGUGAUUGGCUCGAAUCGCACUCCCAACAUGGAUGACCGUCCCCUGAUGCCCUACACGGAUGCUGUGAUCCACGAGAUCCAGAGAUUCACUAACAUGUUCCCCUCGGGAGUAGCAAGAUGUGUGACCCGUGAUACCCAGUUCCGGGGAUACACCAUUCCCAAGGUAUUGUGGUUCUAUUAAUUCCUUAGACUUAGACUCCACCCUUCCAGAUAAAGUUUGUGGCUCAGUGACGUUCCCCAAACACAUCUGUUCCACCUGUCCUUACUCUCUGAAUGAUAACAAUCAGGGAAACAGAGGUGGGGAUGCUGGGGAGGCCUGGCAGUAUUCCUUUGUUUUCCUGGCAUCGCUGUGGCUUAGCAGGAGGAGCGAGGCAGCUGCAAGGACAGUCCUGUGCAGAUAUGCCAGCAGAAGGACCACAUGGGCUCCUCUACAGUUCCCAUCAUCCCUGACCACUGGUCCUGUUAGCUAGGGAUCAUGGGAGUUGUAGGCCAAAACAUCUGGAGGGCUGCAGGUUGGAGGUGCCUGAUCCAAAGCGAUGGAUUGCUACAGUUGCUUGCAUUUGUGGACUUUCUGGGGUGGGCAUAGCCACAGCACCAAUGGUGUUGUGGUUCUGGACGGUUAAGCGUUAACACUCCAGGAAGCGCUUUUAUUAACUGGGUGCACUGCCCACAUGACCCGGGCAUUUUCCUUUGUGCUCUCUGGGGGCUGCAGAGAGCAGUCUGUCUGAGAAUGUGAGCAAGGUAGUUUCAUUUUUGUUAGAGACAGAAAGCUGUGAGCAUGCAGCUAGAUUCUGUAGGUUUUUCUUUUCUGUUUUUUUUUUGUAUGCUUCUAAAUAUAGAGGGAUAGAAUAGAAGCACUGGUGUUGAGCUGAGUUAUUGAAGACACCACACAGACACAGACAAAGCCAUUUUACGCUGCGUGUGAACUCUGCUACUGUCUGACAACUGAGAAGAGAGGCAGCGCAUGAGUGGAAGCGUGUGGGCACCACUGAAGUUUGUCGGAGUGCCAAUAAAUCAGAUUUAUUGCAGUGCCGUUGCAGCAGACUCCAUGGGUCAAAGGUAUUACGACCCACAAACUUUAACAGUCUGGUGUUGGAGAGUGGAAUAUGCAGCCUCCAAUCUCAGAAUGAUUUCUUGCCCCCCAGAAGAAUCUCCCAUUUCUCCUGUAUCUUCUCAUUUCUCUCCCUUUCUUGCUCAGGGGACUGAAGUGUUUCCCAUGCUCGGGUCUGUGCUGACAGACGCCCAACACUUUGCAAGACCAGACGUGUUUGACCCACAACAUUUCCUGGAUGAGAAAGGGCAGUUCAAGAAGAAUGAGGCUUUUAUGCCUUUCUCUGCUGGUGAGUCAGUCGCCUUCUUUUUCCAAGCCCUCCUAAACCAUCUAUAACAGCACCCUGAAAUCCUGUAUUCACCUUCCUCCUCUUUUCUAGGGAAGCGCUAUUGCUUAGGGGAACAACUAGCCCGGAAGGAGCUCUUCCUCAUCUUCACCAGCAUCCUGCAGAACUUCCGCUUCAAAUCCCCCAUCCCUUCUGAACAGAUUGACAUCUCUCCCAUGCUGGUUGGCUUUGUCACCAUCCCACGUUUUUAUGACAUGUGUGCCAUUCCCCUCUGAAGGGAACAAGUUGCGGAGUUCUUGAACAAACAACCUCCUGUGGCGAUCACACAGGAUCCCCGGACGUUUCACCAUCAAUUGAUCCCUGUGCCACCACUUUAUUUCUCGCUGCCGCCACCCAGGCCCUACCUGGUACAAUACUGAGUCCAGUCAGGUUAAAUUGGAAAUUAAACUUCUGUUUAUGUAUUGCAGUUUAACAAGUGUGUGGUUUCAUAAACGGUAUCGGUCAAUUACAAUCAUGGGGUGCCUAUUCAGACCUAUAACUUCCGCUACCUGCUCUCACUCACUAAACCACCUCUCAGAUGUUGGCUUGUCUUCCUAGCUCCUAACUGUUCCUGACUCAGCUUAUUUCGCUACUGUUAUGUAUUGAAGUUCUCACCCUGGGCCAGCAGGGGGAUACUGUAGAUAGUUAUGCAAAUAAGGGAUCGAAAGUGACGUUCAGUGAUUGGAUAGUUUUAGAAAAUUGUUACAGUUACACGGUACUGGAGCUCUAUAUAAGCAGGCUGACUGAACCCUUCAGCUCAGUUCUGUUCUGGCCUCUGAAUAAACAAGAGCUGUUUGAAGAAUCGCUGUGUCGUCUGAUAUGUUCACCCACAACUUAACAGCUACACUAACUCAACCUACCCACAGACUCCAUCCCAAUUCACUCCCACUCCAACCAACCACCCAACUCCCAAUGAACGCCCCCCUUCACCCCUCCCAGAGCUGGUUUUAUAGUCCCUCUGACUCCACCCCCUGGGUUCUGAUUGGGUAACCUGUUUAACUAUUUCACCUCCAGCACUCUCAUAUGUUAACGUCACACCUCCCGUCUCCAGAUUCUUUCUUUUGAAGCUCCAUGCUCUCUUGUUUCCAUUGGAAGAAUUUUCCCCUUCUGCAUUUCUUUUGGAAUGGAACGCCCAUGGGAAUAAACAGCAGAUCCCUGGCUCUCAGCCCCCUUCCCUUCUCUCAGACACCAUGAAUGAGCCCCUCUCCCCAUCCACAAUCCCAGCCAUCAGAUUCCCUUCCUGCUGUUAGUCAAAGAGGAUAUCUUUAUCUAUCUGGUGUCCCCCCCCCCUCUUCUCCUUGUCAGUUUCCUCUGCUGAAACUUUCACUGUGAACAGUUAAGGAAAAAUUCUUAACCCUGCAGGAAAUGACAGCUGCUCAGUCCACAUUGAAGGGUUUUCCGGGCAGAAGGUGUCGGCCGUAACCUAGGAAAAAUAGCUUCUCUGGAAUCUUGCAAUCUCAAUAAUAAUAAUAAUAAUAAUAAUAAUAAUAAUUUAUUAUUUAUACCCCACCCAUCUGGCUGAGUUUCCCCAGCCACGGGAGGGCGUUCCACAGGGCGGGCGCCACUACCGAGAAGGCCCUCUGCCUGGUUCCCUGUAGCUUUGCUUCUCGCAGUGAGGGAACCGCCAGAAGGCCCUCGGAGCUGGAUCUCAGCGUCCAGGUAGAACGAUGGGGGUGGAGACGCUCCUUCAGGUAUACAGGACCGAGGCCGUUUAGGGCUUUAAAGGUCAGCACCAACACUUUGAAUUGUGCUCAGAAACGUACUGGGAGCCAAUGCAGAUCUCUCAGAACCAGUGUUCUGUGGUCCCGGUGGCCACUCCCAGUCACCAGUCUAGCUCCUUUCCUGGGAUAGGCUUUGGAAGAAUGGUUGGAGUUUUCUUUUUCAAAUGUGAAUAUGAAGGCUUACCAUCAUCUGGUUUUGGUCUUUGUGGUGUAUCUCUUCAUCUGUUCUUUCCAUCUGCUGCCCUUAGCAUCACAUUACCGAUCACCCGACCCGUAUAAAGGGAGAUUGCUAACUCCUAUUGUCCCAUGUGAAGUAGGGGAAACCUGGGAACCCAACAGGAGGGAGUCGGCCAGUAAGAAAUCAAGCUCUGAGGGUCUCUUUUCCCAAGAGCACAAGAAGAAUCCUGCAGCUGGAUCAGACCAAAGGCCCACCUAGUCAUAGAAUUGUACAGUUGAAAUGGACCACAAGGAUCAUCUAGUCCAACCGCCUGAAAUAUAGGAAUCCUUUGCCCAGCAUAGGGCUCAAACCCACAACCCUGAGAUUAUGAGUCUCAUGCUCAACCGACUGAGCUAUUCAGCUUGUGGUGAGCUUUGGGCUUGGUCACCCACAAUAGGCUUGGCAAACCUCUUCCAGCCACCUGUUCCCACAAUGGCCAACCAGAGGUGGGAGGCGGCCUCCUGCUGAAUAUCAGCUUCUGGAAACCACAAAUGGGGAGAGUUACAGCUGCACUGAGAUUCCGCUUGCAGGUUUCCUGUAAUGGGCAUCUGGUUUUCCACUGAGAGAACAGGAUGCUCGACUAGGAUGCUGGACCUGAUCCAGAGCCAAAGAACACAUGACAUUAAAUGUUGCUUUGCACCUGACAAACAGGUUUUAAAAACACAGAUUCCAGUGGGCCUCUUUUUAAUUACCGUAUUUUUCCGUCUAUAAGACGCCCCCAUGUAUAAGACACCCCCUAUUUUUGGGGACUCAGAUUUAAGAAAAUGGGGGGGGGAGAGAUGUAUUUGUAUAUAAGAUGCCCCCUAAUUUUUGACAUUAUUUAUUAGGGGGGGAAAACCCUAGUCUUAUACACGGAAAAAUACGGUACAUGUCUCUUUGUGCUGUGGGGGAGGGGAAGGAGUCAGAAAAUCAGAGGAAAGUAGAGUCUGGGCUGUUGCAAUUUCCUGAGAAAGAUACAAAUUCAUUUGCCACACUCUUCCCCCUUUUAAAAAGAAGCUCCUUUAGAUCUGUCCUUUGACUCCCCUUUGCAGUAGAAAAUUUGGAUCUAAGCUCCAUAUCCCAUUCCCAGACUUUUGAUUCUCAUUUCUCCAUUCUAUACUCGCAGCGACAUGACUAGAAAGAAACUUCAUUUGGAUGCUUGCUUUUAUCUCCUUCAAAGUCCUUGUUACACAAAGAUGUAACUCUCAAUCCCAGAAUGAAAACUAUAGCUUACCCCUUAAAGGUAAAGGUAAAGGGACCCCUGACCGUUAGGUCCAGUCGUGGCCAACUCUGAGGGUUGUGGUGCUCAUCUCGCUUUACUGGCUGAGGGAGCCGGCGUACAGCUUCCGGGUCAUGUGGCCAGCAUGACUAAGCCACUUCUGGCGAACCAGAGCAGCACACGGAAACACCGUUUACCUUCCCGCCGGAGCGGUACCUAUUUAUCUACUUGCACUUGACGUGCUUUUGAACUGCUAGGUUGGCAGGAGCAGGGACCGAGCAACGGGAGCUCACCCCGUCACGGGGAUUCAAACCGCCGACCUUCUGAUCAGCAAGUCCUAGGCUCUGUGGUUUAACCCACAGUGCCACCCGCGUCCCUUCAAGCUUACCACUUAGAAAGGGUCUUUUAUCCACUUCUUGUGUUUUCAAGAUUUGAGUACUUCACAAUCAGCCAAAACACCAGGACGUAAUAUCCACCAAAAUAUUCACAACCAGGAGCCCCCACCCAAAAGUGAAUCAUAUGGUGGAGUCUACCAGUUGCCUUGGUAAAGGUACAGAACGCCAGAAACUCAUUCUGCCAGAAACCUACAUUCAAAGAAGAAGUUUCUGGACAACCAAUGUAGGAAGCAGUUGAGUCCUAACCGCCCCUUGAAAGCCAGAUGUGAUCUGAGGAGGGUGGAGUCUCCCCCACUUGCUAGAUUUGUGCACCACAGAACUGGAAGUCGCUUUAAUUUAACAAUUAAACCAAUUCCCUUUGGAAAUGUUCAGGAUCUUUACAUUCUUUGUCCUUCCAGGUUGUGACGCUUUCAUAGUUUAGAUCAGGGGUCAGCGAACUUUUUCAGCAGGGGGCCAGUCCACUGUCCCUCAAACCUGGGGGGGGGGGGCGGACUAUAUUUUUUGGGGGGAAAUGAACAAAUUCCUAUGCCCCACAAAUAACCCAGAGGUGCAUUUUAAAUAAAAGCACACAUUCUAGUCAUGUAAAACAUACUGAUUCUCGGACCGUCCCUGGGCCAGAUUUAGAAGGCGAUUGGGCCGGAUCCGGCCCCCAGGCCAUAGUUUGCCUACCCACGAUAGAGACUAGGGGUCAGCAAACUUUUUCAGCAGGGGGCCGGUCCACUGUCCCUCAGACCUUGGGGGGGACUAUAUAUUUUUUUGGGGGGGGGGAAUGAACAAAUUCCUAUGCCCCACAAAUAACCCAGAGGUGCAUUUUAAAUAAAAGCACACAUUCUACUCAUGUAAAAACAUGCUGAUUCCUGGACCGUUCGUGGGCCAGAUUGAGAAGGCGAUUGGGCCGGAUCUGGCCCCCAGGCCUUAGUUUGCCUACCCAUGGUUUAGAUUUCUGGUGUGUGUCCCCCCGCUCUCCUUUUUGUUAUUUCUGUACUUUUUUUGCGUGGGGGUGGGUGGAGGGGAGGGAGAACAAAUCUAUAGAAAUAAUAAAGGGCGACUGAGUUCAUGUCUGCAGCUGUGAGUGUGGCUUAAGGCCAAGCCCCAGCUCCCUCCUCCUCCUCUGCUGCCUCCCCUUCUGGGUGCCUCAGUAAGACUCUGUGGACCCGUGUGCAGCUAGGAGUUUGAGAAGGGAGCAGGACAGACUGAGUAGCCAACAAGGUAGGGACAGUGGCACAGAGAGGCGUUUGCAAGACAUUUGAGCCCUGGCGGAUGGGAGGGAGACCUCGUUUUCUUAGCUAACUGGGAUCCGUGGGCAAAGAGACUGGACACCGAAUGGCCGAACGGCGGCUGUACGUCUGUGCUAAUCUUCCUGUGCAGCUAUGUGUCUCUCUCUUCCUGUGCAGCUAUGUGUCUCUUUUCCAGGGAGUCUUCUCUUCUCAUGAGGUGGCCAAAGUAUUGGAGCCUCAGCUUCAGGAUCUGUCCUUCCUGUAAUACAAAGUUGUUCCGCCUGGCCUUUGGCUUGGAAUCAACUCGAUCCCCUCCCCCUCCCCCUCUUUCCUUUUUCCUUUCUCCUUCUGUGAUGGAACUCCUAUUUGGGGACUUCCCUAGCUUUUUUCUGGCCCACGUAGGACCAGUCUGGUUAGUUGGCCUCGGUGAAGAUUGGACGUUUUCAUCUCCAAAAAGUUUUUGAUUUGAGUUUCUACUGAAAUGAGGCUGCACUUUAAUGUUGUAUUUUAAUCUUGUUUUUAAGUUGUAUCUUAAUCAAUUGUUUUUAUACCUGGUGUUAGCCACCCUGAGCCCUGUCUUGGCUGGGGAGGGCGGGGUAUAAAUAAAAUUUAUUUUACGAUUCCUUGUCUUCCUGAAAACCAAUCUAUUUGCUCCAUCUCUCCAUCUGUUCCAUGACCUCACACAAUGCCCUCCCCCUCUUUUCACAGAUUCGUGAGAAAUAUGGUCCUGUCUUCACCAUCCACUUAGGGCCCCGCCGUGUUGUGGUCUUGUGUGGAUACGAUGCCGUGAAGGAGGCUCUGGUGGAUCAGGCUGAAGAGUUCAGUGGCCGUGGAGAGCAAGCCACGUUUGACUGGCUUUUCCGGGGUUACGGUCAGUCUCUGCUUUUGCAGUCCAGAGGCAUGAAUGUUAUUAUUUUUAAUGCAGACCAAAGUGCAUGAUUAUGGGCAUCUAUAGGGCACUUCUAGUGAACCUCCCCUGGUCCUAUGAAGCAAAUCAGACAUGUUCAACCGGUCGACCUCGACUGACAGAUAGAUCCCUGGAUGAUCCUGGUCGAUCGCGGGCUCCUGAUCGAUUGCGGGAUUAUUUAAAGUGGCAGUCGUUUGGCAUCUGCUGCUGAUGAUAGCGGAUACGAUACUUGGCUUUAGCGCUGCUUUUGUUUGCCAGCAGUAGAUUGUUUGGUGAGCGAUUUAUGGCAUUCCCCCUUAGGCUCAACAACUUGGGGCACUCCUCCUUCCUCCAAUGACAAUGUGUAGAUCACUGAUAGUUUUCUUAUACUGGGAGUAGAUCACAGUCUCUUGGGAGUUGGAUGUGCCUGUAGUACAUUUUUAAAAUACAUGUUUUACAGUGGAAAGAAGUGAGGCAGAGGGAAUGUCUUCCAAUGCCAUUGAGACAAGCCAUCAAGAAGGGUGCUGGAUGAGAGUUUGCAAGCCCCCACCCCACCGCAAUUCCACGAUCCUGUCAGGAGAUCAGCCUACACUCGAGUAGGACCCUGGCAGAGACACAAGCCCGACUGGCAUGUUCUUUCCCUCCUGGUCGAUCGUUCGGGAGAUUCAUAAGCUUUCUUCAGCCUGAACAUCACAGCGACCGAUGCCAAACGACACCGGCACACUUAGGGAUCCGCAGAGUUUGUGCAACUUGCGCGUGAUAGACCUCAGAACUCAGCAUUUUGGCUAAUCUACUUUAUUUACAUAUAAACACACAUGGAGCACUGCAACAUGGCUCCCUCUCUCUCUACCAUCACACAGCAAAGAGAAAAAACCCCAAAGGACAAUAGUCCCACUUUACGGAACACAGUAACACAAACAUCCUGUCUCCGUCACUUCCCACUCUGUGGAGUCAAAACAUAUACCGUCAUGUGAUAGACAACAAUCCCAUGACUGCAGUCACGGAGCAGGAAUUCUAACAGAUCCUAUAAAGACCACAACUCUCUUUGCACACAACAACACACCCUAUGAGAGGGAACCCUGAUGCUUACAAUGUUCUUCCAAAUGCUGAAAUUACAAUUUUAGAGACCAGGCAAAAAAUUCAAAAUGUGAAUUUUUAAGGGGGGCAUUCUUCAUUGUUGUGCAGUUUCAACCACGUUCUCAUUCAGAGCACAUGCCUUCCUCCUCCUCCUCCUUUGCUUCUCAGGGGUUGUCUUCAGUAACGGGGAACGGGCCAAACAGCUACGCCGAUUCUCCAUCACAACACUGAGGAAUUUUGGGAUGGGAAGGAGAUCCAUUGAAGAUCGGAUCAUGGAUCCACUUCCUGCUGGAAUCCCUGAGGGCAACAAAAAGUGAGCUCAGUUUUGGUAUCUUUAAGAAAUGGACUCAUGUUAUGCUAGUGGUCCAAACCAGGGCAAGACACACUUAACUUUGGGAGUAUAGGAAGUGGAAACAGGUUCAAACAACCCUACUCCCUAGCCUUCAUGUGGACGAUGGAAGUCCAGGGGAGGGUCUACUUGGCCUAUCUCUGUAUUAUACAACUUGGGAUCAAAAUCCUCUCAUGGGUUUAAGAGAGUAGGAUGAAAUCAUUCUUAGAUGGCUUUGCAAUGUGUGGCCUCUGCCACGUCCUCAGCCCCCUUUAAGAAUUUUUCUAUCAUCCAGGGUGUCUUGGACGCUGUGCAAUGCCAUAUUUCCAUUUCCUAGCCAGAGUUGCAGAUGCCAGGUUCACCCCAAAAUAAUCAAUCAAUCAAUCAAUCAAUCAAUCAAUCAAUCAGUGAGCUCAGUUUUGAUAUCUUCAAGAAAUGCUGCUUAAUGAGUUACAGGUGAUAGUUAGAAACAGUGGGCAUUUAAGUGGGCAAUUGAAGGCUUUAUACUGAAUAUUAUAUUUACUUUUGGUAAUGGGUGGAAACAGACGUAACUUAGCCGGAGCUAAAUACAUCACUAACACUCUACAUCCUAUCAAAGUAAUGUUUCUCAAAGGAAUAAUGAGGUAAGACUGUACUGUUUUGCAAAGUGUACUCUUUUUUAAAAUAUUUUUUAUUAGGCAUUUAAACAAAACAUAUUAUCUUAAAACAUAUCAUCCUUAAUUCCCCCCCAGUUUUCCCCUCCCCCCAUAAAACAACCCCCCUCCCCCCGACUUCCCUCAGUUCCAGUCUCUGCUUUCUCUAUAAAUGCUAUUCUCUGCAUGUUACAAAAUUGUAUAAAUCCUUAAUUUAUCUGACUGGUUAUUAUCAAUAAAAAGUUUGUGAGUGUUUAUUCAGAGCCCGCCAAGGAGUCCAGUUCACUUUGUUGCUUCUUUAAAUACUUUGUAAAAGGUUGCCAUUCAUCUUUAAAGUCACAGUUAUCCUUGUCCCGUGCAAAGUGUACUCUUGAUUUGUUCCUGGGUUGAGUGACUUGCUUUCUAGGUGCUCCCUUUGUGUGUCUUUCUUUCCAGGCGCACCCUUUGA